AUGAUCAUACUAUACAGUGGUGGUGGAGGUUAUGACUGGAUGCAGCACGUUAGACCCUCAGAUGAUCCCAAAGUUUGGGAAAACUUGCGACAUAUUGUGAGAGCGUUCAAAGCGGACUCUGAGUCUACCUCGCUAGUUGAGUUGGCUAGUGGAGUAGAGAAAAGAACAUUUAAAAAGAUCUGCCUAGAGGAAUGUGUGGGGUUCUCUGAAAAAAGCUCUGUUCUACUCCGACCCUCUGCCGAAGCUCUGAGCCUUGACCUCCUCGGUGCAGUCACCGUACUCUUGAAGGCGAACGGGGGCCAAGCACAAACCAAUUAUCUGUACCGGAUGUUGACUGAGGAGUACCCGCACACUUUGGCCGAGGUGAAGGAGAAAUCCAUACGCAAUGGUUCUGGAGCCAAGAACUUAGGAACUCACCUAUCUGCCGUGGGGAACCAUCUGUACGAUACCCAUAUAAGUAAAGGUAAAGCGGUCAGUUUUACUUUGAGAGAAUACCAACCAGCCGAUGGUGAGGCUCCCCCCUCACCCGUCCCAGCAUUCUAUGCUGAACCGAAGUUAAAUAUGGAUGUGAUAGCCAAGACUCUAGGAGACGUCAGAGAAGCGCUGAAAGGAGUCUCGCGCAAACAGUCAAUGCACACACUGCUGGACGGGUCACCCUGGUCAGGGCGGGUUCAAUACGACGGAUGGCUGCAACAAGCGCAGACAAGAAUCCGUGAAAGUCAGGCAGGUGCAUUGUAUGGGACUAUGCUGUCUCAAAGAGAACGCCUGCCAGCCUACGCGCAUCGCAGUCACAUUCUCGCCACACUGCUCAGUAACAGAGUCACCGUAGUGCUAGGCGCCACCGGAUGCGGAAAGACUACUCAGAUACCACAGCUGCUGCUGGAUGAGAUGAUACUCGAGCGAAACGAAGACGUGCGCAUAGUGUGCACACAACCUCGCCGCAUCAGUGCCGUCAGUGUUGCUGAGAGAGUGGCAGACGAGCGUGCUGAACGUAUAGGAGGCUUUGUAGGGUACCAAAUAAGAUUCGAAAAGGAAGUCACGGAGUCGACCCGGUUGCUCUACUGUACGAUAGGUGUGCUGCUGCAACAGCUUCAAUCGGACGCGAACUUGAGUGCGUACACGCAUGUCUUUAUAGACGAGGUGCAUGAGAGAGAGAUGAGUUCAGACUUUCUCAUGCUGUGCCUCCGAGACAUCCUCAGACAACGGCCACAGCUGAACGUGGUUCUCAUGUCGGCCACGCUUGAUCCGACAAUCUUUGAAACUUAUUUCAGCGAAUUCAACCCGGCUACUCUCCAGAUUCCCGGGAAAACCAACUAUCCCAUUGACGAGCACUUCUUGGAGGAUGUGUUGGCUGCGUCUAAUCAUCAUAUUGAGGUGCUGCGUGAUAGCCGCGGCAACAUACUGACCGAGAAAGAAGACCCCGAAACCCCACGCUUAACGAAACAAGAGAUUCAGGCCAGGCUGCAAUGCAAGCCGCAUGUGGCCCAGAGCAUCUUCAAUCUGGAAAGCAGCCCAUUCGCCACCACGAACGCUGAGCUGGUCGCAUCCACGGUCGCCUUCAUACACCGCACUCGACCACCUGGAGCCAUGCUAGUGUUCCUGCCGGGCUACAAAGAAAUCACCGAUGUAAAGGCUCUGCUAGAGAAAGAUCAGAGUAUGUGGGUCUUGCCGUUAUACUCGUUGCUGCCGGUGCCAGAUCAGAAGUUAGUAUUUCAGUCACCCCCGCCAAAUCGCACCAAGGUUAUUCUCAGCACAAAUCUAGCGGAGACGUCCAUCACCAUCGACGACAUUGUGUAUGUCAUUGACAGCGGCAAAUGUCGUGUGACCGAAUACCUCACCGACAUGCACAUUCAGGCACUCGUUACUGCACUGAUCAGCAAGGCCAACUGCCAACAGCGCAGGGGCCGUGCUGGCAGGUGUCAGCCUGGUGAGGUCUAUAGAUUGUACACGCGUUAUAAUCAGGAGGCGAUGAAGGAUAUGAUCGAGCCAGAGAUGAGACGAACACCGGUAGAGGAACUGUGCUUGAUGGUCAAGGUGCACAAACUAGGGCUGAUCCGCCCGACACUUACCCGCGCACUGGAUCCGCCAGAGCUGUCUACCGUCGACAACGCAGUGACCUUGCUGGAAGGCAUAGGUGCACUUGACAAGGAUGAGAAUAUGACCCACCUGGGUGAGAAACUGGCGUCGCUGCCAUUGCAUCCUCGUCUGGGCAGACUCAUCCUGUAUGGCCAUCUCAUGGGAUGUCUCGAUUGGGCCUGCAUCGUGGCCGCAUUCAUUUCAUACAAAAGCCCUUUUUUUGCGCCAUUGGGUCGUGAGUACGAGGCCAACAUGGCGAAGGCUAGUUUAGCUGGUUUGUGCAUGUCAGAUCACAUCACGCUUCUUAAGACCUACGCAACAUGGCGUUCGCUUAUGGGUGACCGACGUAUGCAGAAUAAGUUCUGCACCGAGCAUUUCAUUUCGCAGACUACCAUGAAAUUUGCACACAGCUUAGUAGGGGAUAUCAAGGCCAUGUGCACGAAGUUAGGGUUGAGGGAUGGGGGGGUUAGAAACGAUGCCGUCUUCCGAGCUGUGAUGGGUAUCGGCCUGUGGCCCAGCGUUGCAGCCAAGAACAGGAAAUCCGUUUCCGCAUACCUGGGGGAUUCGCUUUCUCGUGUGGAGAUACAUCCAGGAUCAGUGAACUUCAAGAUCCCAAAAGAGAUGAGAAGCGAAGCCAUGACGGCAUGGUACUCCUAUUACCAGAUUAUGAGGACUGCAAAGACGUUUGUUUACGAUUCCACACUCUUAGAACCGGCCAUGACACUACUGUUGGCGCCUGACGUGAAAAGGGUCUGCGAACGUGACGGGAGAGGAGUGUUCUAUGAGAUCGGCAACACAGAGCAGUCGGUGGUGAUUCCUUCGCAUGCCGAAGUAGAUGUUCUGGAAUUGCGGAAAGGUAUUGCGGAGCUGUGUGACACUGCGAUCGGUGCACCGGUGGAUAGUCCAAAGCUUUUAGCGGCGUUUGAUACCGUUCGCGAUUUACUCGUGGCGCAUUCUUUCAGCGCUGACAGACUUUCUGGUGAACCUUCGGGUGUGCGAUCGAGCACAUUUGAUGAUGGCGCUAAGUAUAGGAAUACUCAGAGAGGUGGCCACGGUGAUAGUCGAGGUGGACGUACAGUUAGAGGUGGGUAUAGGGGUACGAGCCGAAGCAACCAAGAACUGGAUCGCUCACAUACACGCCGACAUGAAGGUUGGAAUGGAUACAGGAAUAACAGCGCCAAUCAAUACGGAUAUGAACCUCCUGAUCGAUAUGGCAGUAGGCGCAGGGCUGGCGGUAGAGAUAGCGAUGAGAGAGCUGAUCACGAACGAGCGGGCAGCAAUAGACAACGGCCAUACCAUUAUCAAGGAACGCCAAGGUAGCGAUCUGGAGGUAGGCGCAAGACCUGUAAUGGGUGCAGCCAAGAGAAAUUUAUUAACGAACACGGCAAGGGGGUAGACAGUGGACGAUGGCGAAUAUACUAAACAAAGUUUGGUAGGUCAUAAGCAGGUUGUAGAGAUGGCGAUGAGCGAGUCGAGUCACAGUCUCCGAACGUAUCUAUAUCCAGGAAAUGGAUGUUGGGGUAUUUGUUGAAAACACAUUGCUAUUGAUAGGUUUGAAGAGUGUCAGGGAUAAUGGGAACGAGAUGAUGGUAGCUGACCGCGGAGCACUCGAUGCCAGAAGCUCGAAAAAGGCAAUACGGCGGUAAGCACAAUGCCUGCGGAAGAAGCAGCAAGAUAGAACUGGUAAUGCAGAGAGAAGAGCGCUGCCAGAGCGUUGAAUUGGCUAAGUAGUAUGCCCUGUGGAAUUUGGGUCAGCACGCACUCCGUAUCAGGCUCUUGCUUCCGCUUGCUACGUAAAUUUAGUGGGACAAUCUUAUGCUAUAUGAUUUUCUGGCCCCGGUAGUAGCCGAUGUGUGUCCUCGCCGCCGAUUCCAGAAGUAAGGUGCACAGUCAAUGCGUUGCAGGGAGUCGUUCCCAUCCGCUGGUCGGUUUACUUUUUGACUAGUUCGUUGUGGUUGCUAGGACUAGGACGGGUUGUUAUUUUAGCUCUGCCUGCCUAGUAAGUACUGUAUUGAAACCAAACAUCACAUCUACCAGAGAAGACACAAUGGAUGCAACCGAUGGCGAAAUCGAUAGAUGCGUUGCUGACACAUCAUGAUGUGUUUUGGUGUUCGUAAGCUAGAUGCACAUAUAUGACAUCUUUUGAAUUUUUGUUAUAAUAGCCCACUUAGCGAAGCUCUGCCUACCAUUUUGCCGGGUUGCUCUCUAGAGCUGUAUUUGGCCUACUGGGAAGCCUGACAUGUCGCUUUGGCAUGAAGCGCUUUUGCAUCGCCACCCGCUGAGCUGUAGCCUUCCUGUAUCAGCAGAGAAGUACAUGUGCUGGAUACCGGGCGAGCACAUUAAGCGUCAGUCUGGAUAGUAAUUUACCAACAAAGUCCACUGACUCUGUUGAUUAUCGCAGAGUACAUCGUGAUUUAAUCACUGGAGAAGAAUAUGAACUGGGUUUUUGAGUUUUCAGUAGCUGUACGUUGAAAAAAAUAUCUCAAUUCGUCACAUGAUGUGGAUUUCGAGUAUAUUGGGGCUGAGGAAUUUCAUCGCUAGGAAUACAAAUACUCCUGUGCCUGCUUUUCUUGUGUACUUAUAAUUUGUCAAAAAAUGUAUGUUACGUAUUUAACAUCUAGUUCUGACCAGAACUACGAAUUAAAAAAUACACAAAUUGCC